AUGGCCGAGGCGUUCGCCAUUCUCGGCGUCGUAGGCGUUGGCCUACAGAUUGCCAAAGAAUUCGUCAGGCUCAGCGACUCCUUCAGCGCCCUAAGCCACGCCUCGGAAGAUUGCCAGUAUUUCGCCACGAGCUCCAAGAACAUGAGUGCCGUCAUCACCUCCUUGUUUACGGCCGCUCGUCUGUCCCUCGAACUGAUCGAAACGGAUCAGCGAUCCGAGCGGGAGGCGACUCUCGACGGACUGAUCAAAGAGUUCGGCCAGGUUCAGCUGCGUCUUCGCGACCUGGUGAUAGACACCGGGAUAGAUGAGCAGCACGUCGGCAGCAAUGACAGCUAUUUUGUCCGGUUGGGGUUUAGCUGGCGCUGGUAUCGUAAAAAGGCUGCAGUGGCAAUGUCCCGGAUGAUGCAGGAGACGACGAAAUCCACGGCCAACCUCUUCAUCAGCACAAUGCUGUGUGAGGAUUUCAUGAGGCAGAUCCGAGUUCUGCAGGACAAGACAACAGACUCGAAAGAGUUGCGAUCUUUGAAAGAGCAGAAAGUUCCUGUCAGAGCAGAUUGUCGACCAGAGACGCGACGUGCGUUUCGCGACGAAACAGAUCGAGAGUUUCGAAAGGUCCACCCAGAGGUCAUACAGCCUGACGAGAUUGCUUCGCUUCGGGACGUGGAAAAGGCCGUCGUGGUCAGCACCUUGAAAAUUGUCCCUUCACAAGCGACGAAGCCAAGCCCCGAGACACCGCGAAACGAGCACGCGGCUGCCUCCCGAAAGUGUAUGCGUACAACGACCCAUCUAAACAGUCGGCAGGACUUGGUUCCUCCUCCCCCUCGAACACGUCGCGCCGAUUCGGGUCCGCAACCCCCACCUCCUCGAACGGCGCCCGGCACGCCAGGUCUUCAGGCACUCAUCGUCGGCCACCCCAGCCCGCGGCCGAGCACGACUGCUAGAACUCCAAUUAUCACGACCACAGACUUCUCAACACCUACCGUACGGUACGUUGAUAUACCUGAAUCACUAGUAUCCGACCGGUUUACCGGUUCCCGGGUCCGAGAUGAUGGGCGAAACCUUCGUGAGGAGACUGGAGAAUGGCCCCCGGAAGUAUUCUCUGGUCCAGACGAAGGAAGAGAUGCGGACUCAAGGGGAGUUACUCGAAUAUAUGAGGAAAAAAGAGCGUCGGCAGCGGAAGGCAGUGUGCAGGAGAGAAAGGCGACGAAGAAAAGUCUUGGAUCUCAGUCGUCUUCAAAAAUUGGGUCACCACCAGCUCGAAGUGUGGUCGAGGAAGAGGGGUCCAAGCUGGCCGAUGACGAUCCACGACCUUCUCCUUUGGGCAGAAUGCAGCCGAUGCCCCCAUUCGAUGAAGAUGAUCUGCGAGGGGUCAGAAGACGAAUGACUAAACGAAAGUCUGGAGAAGAGGGGGGGAAAUCGCCGAAGUCUUAA